GCAGCGCUGCGUAGAGAAGCGCCUCCCUCUACGCUCUUAGCGUACACGGCGCUAAUCAGAGGCCGAGCCGAGUCGUCUGCUGAGCGGAUCAAACCCAAAACAAGGCUUGUACUUUUACCGUAUCUUUUGCAAACCAGCGCCACUUUUAAACGGAAUUCACCCUUAAAGGCACCAGCUCAGCAUGGAAAGCCAGAAGUUGUAGGGUCUUUGUGACUUGAGGUGUGGGAGCGAGGCUCCUCCCUGAUUCCCCUCGGUGCUCCCCUGCCCCCCGCCCUCCUGGACGGCCCCGAAAUGACCACAGGGGAGUGUUGCCACCUCCCAGGCUCCCUGUGCGACUGCACUGGCAACGCUGCCCUGUCCAAAACCGUGGAGGAGGCUGACAACCGCCGGGCCCAGUACGUCACCCAGGUCACGGCCAAGGAUGGACGUCUACUAUCUACUGUUAUCAAAGCCCUGGGCACCCAGAGCGAUCGGCCGAUUUGUCGGAUCUGCCAUGAGGGUCAAGACGUGUGCAACAGCGAGGGGCUUCUCUCCCCGUGCGACUGCACCGGCACGUUGGGCACGGUCCACAAGAGCUGCCUGGAGAAAUGGCUGUCCUCCUCUAACACCAGCUACUGUGAGCUGUGCCACACUGAGUUUACCAUAGAGCGCCGGCCCCGACCCCUCACAGAGUGGCUCAGGGACCCGGGCCCCCGGAAUGAGAAGCGCACCCUCUUCUGUGACAUGGUGUGCUUCCUGUUUAUAACACCCCUGGCAGCCAUCUCAGGCUGGCUGUGUCUACGGGGUGCACAGGACCACCUGCACUUCAACAGUCGCCUGGAGGCAGUCGGCCUCAUCGCUCUGACUAUCGCACUCUUCACCAUCUACGUCCUCUGGACACUGGUCUCAUUCCGCUACCACUGUCAGUUGUACUCAGAGUGGAGACGAACCAAUCAGAAAGUCCGCUUGCUCAUUCCUGACACCAAGGGUGCACACUCUACCCAGCAUUCCUUGCUUUCCACAAAGCUGCUGAAAAAGACAGCAGACGAGACCAUAGUAUGAGAGAUGUGGUGCGGGGGAGCGGGGCCCGAUCGCGGUGGUAUUAGCGUGCUACAGGUUCUUGACACAGCGUCGUCAACUAGAGCCGCGGCAUUUUGGAUGCAUUCUUUUCUAUUUAAUCCUUUUUAUCUAAAUAUGUGAGCACUUCAUUUAUUUUAUUUUUUUCACAAGUCUCUUUUAAUGUUUUUUUGAGCCUUUAUACGUGUGUUGUUUUUAUUUAUUUGGGGCUUGAACAGCCAGGCUGAGGCCCCAUACUGUUCAGUAUGCAUUGUAUUUGAAACAAUCGGAAAAUCUAACUCAUGUGUAUAGACGAUUCCUUUGAGCACAGCGGCGAGGGAUUAUGACUCAAGUACAUACGGCUGCUGAAGCUUAAAACCAAACCUUUCUUUCGUUUUCGAUGUUUUUGUUUUUCUACUCAUCUACCUUCAAGUACUUUCCAUCUUAACCCGACGGAGUCGCAUCUAGGCGAACUUAGUCCUUGUGGCUCCUAUACGAUUUAGUCAAGAUAUAAAUAUAUACACACUAAGCGAACAAGUAAGCUAUAAGCUUCGAUCGACAUGGGUAUUACAGGGCCAUUUGCCCGGGCAAUGAAUUUGGAGGCUGAUGUAUAUCUGCGGAUGCUCAAGCUCAUCUGGAGGUUGGCGAAAAAAAGAGAGUGCAAUAACACGCCGCCAUUGGCAUGAUUCUGCUGUGAACACACGCAGGUUUUCAUGCAUGCCUAUGUCAUUUCGCAAAUCUCAUCAAAUUGGUGACUAUUCGUGAGUUUCAGUUUUGCGUACAGAUCAAAGGCUGUUUUUCCAAAGCGAAUGGUCGCCGAACAACGUAAAACAGCAUGCGGUGGUUUUAAAGUCGUAGCACUUUCUGACAACGUAGCCUAGAUGUGAGCUGAACAAAUGUAGAUAUGUGUACGCUUUUGGGAUGCAAAUAUGUGGCAACUUUAUAUGUUGUUGUUGAGUUGUGAUAAGUGCAGAUGCAAACAGACCUCUACAGUUCAUUGUUGAAUCAUUUUGAAAAUCAUUUUUUUCCUUCGUUUUUUUAGGUGAGUGUUUAAAGAUGAAUGUGUAUGUGUGUUUACAGUAUGCAUUUUGUUAGCUCUGGCUCUUUGUGCUGUUUAGUUAGCAUCAAAUGCCUGAGGUUGAGGAUGGCAUACUUGGGAUUUUGUAGCAGUUUACUUUGUGGAAGAUGCAGGUCAAGCCGCAGAGGAAGAAGUAAUUGUAAAGCUAAACAUCAUUGCCAGACCAGUAACGAAACCGUCGUCCAUGAAUGACACUACAGUAUUUAAGUAAAGGCAUCUUUUAGCUGUGUGUCAUAUUGGUGCAAGAAGAAUCUGCAGAACACCAACCAUCAGAUCUUUUCGUUCUCUACAGUUAUGUAAGUGUGAGAAAGGAAUGGGCAGUGUCAGAAUAAUUGCACAUUUGCCACUCUUAAUGUGGACCCUUUUGCGCCUUAUGCACUCGCUGUGGAAGAUCUAGGUCUAGAAAAGAUUUGCGCAAACUUUUGGCGGUAAAGUUCACUGAGGGAUUUGUUCACCUGAUGAUGAAAAUAUAAUUAUUUAUUCACCCUAAUGUCACUUCAAACUUGGCUGCUGUUAUUUUAAUCGUAGAACAAUUUUGGUGAAUCAUUUACGGAACGCGUACAAUGGCAAUUUGUAGUGACCUUGUCUGUCAAGCUUCAAGAUCGCAAUGAAAGUGGUUCAUAUGAAACAUGCGCCCUUUUACAAGUCCAUACAAUAGUUUUGUGCGAGAACCAGAAAAAAAUAAAAGUGGUAAUCUUUUCCAAAGCUCUGAAAUCUCACUUACCUUCAGAUUUAGUUUGAUUUGCCACGCCUAGUUUUUAUUUUUGAAAGACUUUCAGUGAAUUGCCACAUAAAAAUUGGCUUCGUAUGACUUCAGUUGGAAUAUAGUGCACAAGCCGUAUGGACUUUUUAUUUUUUUUACUUUCUAGAAAAGAUCUGUUUGAAAUUUUCAUGAGAUGUCGCUAGAAGCUCGAUUCCCAUGUGGGAUUUAAAAAUGGUAUAAAAUAAAACUUAAAAAAUGUAUAUCUCACAAUUCAAUUUUUUUUUUAACAAUACCAGUAGUACGUAAUAAACAGUAUUACUUUUUUUCAGUUCACUUUCUGAUUAUUUUGAAUUCUCGGGUAUAAAAUGUUUGGUUUUUCCCUUCAAUGCACCUUGUUCAUUUUGUUGAUAAAACAAAAACACUAUCUCACGAUUCUGAGAAAUUCAGAAUUGUGAGAUAUAAUUAGCAAUUCUAAGAAGAAAGUUAACUCACAAUUACGGGGGAAAAAGAAGAUAAAAUUGUGAGAAAGUUUCAGUCACCAUUUUUAUUUAAAUUUGCAAGAUUCUAACUUCAGAAUUCUGUGGGAAAAAUGUGAAAACUCGCAAUUGUAAGAAAAAAGUCAGAAUUGUGAGUUUUUUUAAAUCCCGUAAUGGGGGGAAAAAACAGCAUGCGAGCUUGGAAUUACAUGAGGGUGAAUAAAUAAUUACAGAAUUUUAAUUUUGGCUGAACUGUUCUUUUAAGGCUAAUAAAACGAGCUACCUAAGAUAUGUAGGUCCGUGAAUUCUUUUAUUGUAAAUUCUGAUGUGUCUCAAUUGUAAAUGUGUAGAUAAACCGAUGUCUCUGUUAUUAAGAAGUGUUUUGUGCUGUAGGUCCAGGGUUCUGUAUAUGUGUGUGGAGCAGACAGGCCCACGAAUGUCUGGAUUAUUUGCUGACCACUUGUUUUAAAGGACACAGCUGAUCGGCCUGCGCUUAGAUGCUUGUAGUUCACGUGGCGGAGCGCAGCUGACUAAGUUCAGUGCCACAAACGAGUGAGUUUGAAACCAAAAGGUGUUUCUUUAGUUGGAUAUUCAAACAUGCAAAAGGUUUUUUCCCUCAAAUUCAUCCCACCACCCGUCUCCCGUCAGCUAAUUUCGCAUUGGAGGAUGGGAAGGAAAAAAAAAAAGAUUUUCCUCUCUAAAUGGAUUCUUUAUUUUAAGGGGAGAAAAUUGUGCAAUAGAUACACAAAAUAUGAUGGCAUUAUUUGUUAAUAAUAAUAAUUAUUUUGAUAUUUUUGUAGAGUUUUAGAAAUAAUCCAUCUUCAUAAUCAGCGUCUUUCCCAUUGCUCAGUGUUUUUCCGGAAAGAAGUUGCCGAUUUGAACCAUCAUUAUUUCAAACCACUAGUGGUGUCGGAUCACCAACGACAGGCAACUUUACCAGCUUAAUGCUAACUUGAGGAAUGCUGUCUCGUUGUUGUGCUUCCACCUGCUUUCUUCACUUUUUGGGCCAUUCCUUGGAUAUUUUGCAACGUAGGGUAAUACAUCGAGAGUGCAAUUUCAAAAAUAUUACAAUGCAAUUCUUACCUAUAACCUUAACAAUACAUGUAUGAUAUAUACAUAGAUGUAGAUGUUGUUGCAUAUGAAGGACUUCAGGAGAGAGACAAUGUUGAACUCAUGAUUUUAUUGUUUAUUUUGUGUUUUUAACUUGCAGUGGAUGCCAAUGAGCUGGCCACAAUAUGCAACACUGCAAGAGCAGUUCAGCAGCUCAAAUGAUGUUGUUAAUAAAACCGAAACCUCUCUGUUC